UAUUUUAUUUUAUUUUAUUUUAUUUUAUUUUAUUUUAUUUUAUUUUAUUUUAUUUUAUUUUAUUUUAUUUUAUUUUAUUUUCCAACAGGCAUCGCGGAGGCACCUUGUGCCUUGUUGUCCUCCCGGGGGUCCUUCGUCAUUCCAACAUGGCGGCGUCCGUGCGGAUGUGUUGUGCCCUCCGUAUUACAUUUGGAGGUGCAGCCUCGCUCCGUAGUGUUUUAGGAGCAGCUCAGGUUUCCCAGUUUUCUAGUGGUUCCUCGGCGAGUCCAAUAAGAAUUCCUGCUCUUCCUCCGUCUGCUGCGACAGCGUGGCAGCAAACCAGACAUGGCAGUUUCUUCAACAAAUUGACGGCUGAGGAGUUGUGGAAGGGUGUACUGGCAGAGACCGGUGCAGGAACCAGAAAGGGCCGAGGGAAGAGAACCAAACGCAAACUGAAGAGAGACCUGAACCGAGGGCAGAUCCUCGGAGAAGGUCGUGGUGGUUACAUGUGGCCUGGUCUCAAUAUAAUGAUGCUAAAGGACGGUGCUCUACAGACCUUCAGGCAAAGAGACGAAGCUGAGCAGCAGGGGGUGCAAGCUGAACGGGUGCGUCAGAGGGAUGAGUGGGAGAAGAAGAGAAAAAUGAAGGUGAAGCGGGAGAGAGGCUGGACUGGAAAAUCCUGGGGAGGCGUCAGUCUGGGACCCCCUGACCCUGGUCCAAAUGGAGAAACAUAUGAGGACUUUGAUUCACGUGUGAUCGAGGUGAAGAGUGUGUUCAACAUGACGGCCAAGGAGGGCAGGAAGAGGUCCAUCAGCUGUCUGGUCGCUGUGGGAAACGGCAACGGAGCAGCAGGAUUCGCGUUGGGCAAAGCGGCCGACAGAAACGCCGCGCUGAGGAAGGCCAAAAACAGAGCCAUCCACUACUUGUUCUAUAUAGAACGAUACAACAACCACACCAUUUAUCAUAACAUAGAAUCCAAAGUCAAGAGGACAACGCUCCGCAUGAAGAAACAACACAAAGGUUAUGGUCUGCACUGCCACCGGGCUGUCAUUACUUUGUGCAAGCUGAUCGGCAUUCAGGACAUGUACUGUAAAAUAGAAGGAUCCAUCAACCUGCUUAACAUCACCAAAGCCCUCUUCACUGGAUUAGCCAAUCAGCAAACCCACCAGACUCUGGCCGAUAAGAAUCAGCUCAACGUUGUUGAGUUUCAGUCCCAUCGAGGUCCACUGCCUGUGGUGGUGGCCAGUCCUAAAGACAGGGCACGACCUGACCGAGAGCCUGAGGAUGACACACCCAACACCCGGCUGCACUGGGAAGAUGUACGAGCCUCCCAGAGAACCAAACGCUCCAUGUGGGCGGGACUCAAACGCACCACCUGGUAGAGCAGCGUGAACUGAGAGCUGUGUCUGAUUGGAGGACAGAUGCUUGGACCGAUGGCCGGGUUAAGGAACAGACUGGUGGUUUUGAUAUGAGAGGUGAAGACAAGUAGAUUAUGCUAUUUGUAAAUAUGAGAUUGUUCUGUCAACUAAAGACUAAAGUUUCUCCAACUGAAAACCUCAUUCACCAGAUGUGUAUAACGUGAAAUAAAAUACAUAUAAAAAACAGUGUGAGCUAUUAAAAUAAAGCAUCAAUUUGUAUGAA